UUCAUACAUGGGAUGGUUGACCCAAGAAACCUGUAGGAAAUUUCCCUUUUCGUUCCCGAGUACUGUACAAACCAAUCUAUAUAUAUUAGAGACCCUGGUCCUUGAUUUGCAACAGCAUACCUCCAACAGAAAACCAGCAUUUUCUCCAAACCUGCACCAGUGAUUUUCUCGAAACUCUUUUGCGCCAAGCAUGAAGAAUCCAAGCAAAUCGAUCUUUAUAUCAAGCAUUUUGAUCUUUGUAGUUCUUUUCUCACAUCUAAGGUCAACCGCAUCUCAGGAAGUCGAGGAUGAGAGAGAGUUUGAUUAUUUGGAAGGUAGCGAGAUGGGGCCACGUCAUUGGGGAGACAUCCGGAAAGAAUGGGCUGCAUGUAAGAAUGGAGAUAUGCAGUCUCCCAUAGAUUUGUCAAGUCGGAGAGUGAAAUUGAUUCCCAAGUUGGGGGAACUAAAAAGGAGCUACAAACUUUCUAAUGCCACCAUCAAGAAUAGAGGGCAUGAUAUUUCGGUGCAAUGGGUAGGUGAUGCCGGCUACAUACAGAUCAACGGCACUGAUUACUCUCUCCAACAAGGACAUUGGCACUCACCUUCCGAGCAUUCCAUCAAUGGCAGGAGGUAUGACUUGGAGCUGCAUAUGGUUCACUUAAGCCAGGACAUCAACAUGAAAAAUAAGAUUGUUGUUGAUGGACUUUUCUAUAAGAUUGGUCGACCAGAUGCUUUCCUCUCAAAGUUGAUGAGAAACAUAAGAUCCAUGGCCGAUGAAAAGGUAGAAAGAAAUAUGGGGGUGAUUGAUCCAACAGAAAUAAAAAUGGGUGGAAAGAGGUACUACAGAUACAUGGGCUCUCUCACUGUUCCUCCAUGCACUGAAGGUGUUACUUGGAUAAUCAAUAAGAAGGUAAGAACUGUCUCAAGGAAGCAAGUAAAGUUACUCAGAGAGGUGGUCCAUGAUUAUGCUGAGAUGAAUGCAAGACCAGUUCAACCACUCAACCGUCGUGAGGUCCACUUAUAUGGUCAAAAUUUAAGAAGAACAAAAAAAAACUAAGUACUACAAGAUCACAGAGUAUUCGAAAGAUGAUUUA